UGUUUUCUUCACUUCAGUCUCUUGGCUCCCGGCGCAGAGCGAUGCGCGGAGACCCCUCCGGGGGCGGAGGUGGCCGCUAGGCCCGAUGAGGCCAGUGCGCCCCUGGCCGCGUCGCAGCGCCCGGCACCCCGAGCCCCGAUGGCGGGCCCGCGUUGGGACCCCCUGCGCAAUGACUCGCUGCCGCCCACGCUGACCCCGGCCGUGCCCCCCUACGUGAAGCUCGGCCUCACCAUCGUCUACACCGUGUUCUACUCGCUGCUCUUCUUGUUCAUCUACGUGCAGCUCUGGCUGGUGCUGCGCUACCGUCACAAGCGGCUCAGCUACCAGAGCGUCUUCCUCUUCCUCUGCCUCUUCUGGGCCUCCCUGCGGACCGUCCUCUUUUCUUUCUACUUCAAAGACUUCGUGGCGGCCAAUUCGCUCAGCCCCUUCGUUUUCUGGCUGCUCUACUGCUUCCCCGUGUGCCUCCAGUUUUUCACCCUGACGCUGAUGAACUUGUACUUCACGCAGGUGAUUUUCAAAGCAAAGUCAAAAUAUUCCCCAGAAUUACUCAAAUACCGGUUGCCACUCUACCUGGCAUCGCUCUUCAUCAGCCUCGUGUUCCUGCUGGUGAACUUGACCUGCGCGGUGCUGGUGAAGACAGGGACCUGGGAGAGGAAGGCCAUUGUCUCAGUGCGCGUGGCCAUCAACGACACGCUCUUCGUGCUGUGUGCUGUCUCUCUCUCGCUCUGUCUCUACAAAAUUUCCAAGAUGUCCUUAGCGAACAUUUACCUGGAGUCUAAGGGCUCCUCCGUGUGUCAAGUCACUGCCAUUGGUGUGACCGUCAUCCUGCUGUAUACAUCUCGAGCCUGCUACAACCUGUUCAUCUUAUCAUUUUCUCAGAACAAGAAUGUCCAUUCCUUUGACUACGACUGGUACAACGUAUCAGACCAGGCAGAUUUGAAGAAUCAGCUGGGAGAUGCCGGAUAUGUUGUAUUUGGAGUGGUCCUGUUUGUGUGGGAACUUUUACCUACUACCUUAGUAGUUUAUUUCUUCCGAGUUAGAAAUCCUACAAAGGACCUUACUAACCCUGGAAUGGUCCCCAGCCACGGAUUCAGUCCCAGAUCUUAUUUCUUUGACAACCCUCGAAGAUAUGACAGUGAUGAUGACCUUGCCUGGAACAUUGCCCCUCAGGGACUUCAGGGAAGUUUUGCUCCAGACUAUUAUGAUUGGGGACAACAAACUAACAGCUUCAUGGCACAAGUAGGAACUUUGCCACAAGACUCAACUUUGGAUCCUGACAAACCAAGCCAUGGGUAGCAUCAGUUCACAGUAUUUUGGAAGAUUCCUCACUUGAAAAGCUUCAGAAAGACAAACUUAAUGACAGUUGAACUUUUAAGGCACUUUUCCUAAAGAAAUAGGACUUGAUUUUUGUUACAGGUUUCUGGUGUCUCCAUAGGACUAAGCAAUAAUUUAGAUUGAUAAGACCUUAUUUUAGUACUAAAAAGUGAGCCUGGCUAUUUCAGUGGGCAUAAGUUAAACUUUUUUUUUUUUUUAACUGUACUUUUAUAAAGAUGGAUUUUAUAUAACUUAAAUAAUAAUGCUAAAAUAUACUAGGGUUUUUUUCCUGAGAAUGUUAUUGCAAUAUAUGUUUUGGUUUGCACAAACGUUUAUGCAUAAUUCACUUUAAAACAAUACAGUAUAUGGUCUAAUAGUUUUUUAAGGCUUUUUAGACUGCAGUGUUCCUCAAAUCCUUAUCUCUUCGGGUCAGUCAUAUUCUGAGCUCUACAUUGGUAGACUCCUAAAAUAUAACUGACAUCCAUAGAGCUAACUGCAACUCCAGUGUUGAAUAUUAAAAUGUAAUGGAAUACUGGUAGACUGUAAGGUAACUGGGAGUCCCUGGGUGGCACAAAUGGUUAAGCGCUAGACUGCUAGCCGAAAGGUUGGCGGUUUGAACCCACCCAGAGGUACCUUGGAAGACAGACCUGGCUGUCUGCUUUUGAAAGGUCACAACCUUGAAAACUCCAUGGAGCAGUUCUGCUCUGUACACGUGAAGUUGCCAUGAGUCAGAAUCAACUCAAUGGCAACUAACAACAACAAGGUAGCUGGCUCCUUAGUGAUCUUUAAGGCUCAGAUGAUUGGUCCUCAAAGAAUCUCUUAAAUUUUUCCAAAAGUUUGGUAGUUCCUUUCAGCAAGGCACUAAUGUAUACAAUUUAAUGAUAACACGUUGAUAAUGUAUAUAGAGCUGACUUACACUGUUAAAUCCCGUAAGAAGCCCUGGUGGCACAGUGGUUAAAGUGGUUGGGUGCUACCCAAAAGGUCUGCAGUUCAAACCCACCACCUGCUCUGUGGGAGAAAGAUGUGGCAGUCUGCUUCUGUAAAGAUUUACAUCCUUGGAAAUCGUGUAGGGUUGCUAUGAGUUGGGGAACCGACUUGACAGCAAUUGGUCUGCUGUAUUCAUAGAGAUUCUGCAUAAUUUUCAGCCCAAUGAAAUCCAUUAACUCAGGACUACAGCAAGACUACAGCUUUCCCAACUAGCUGAAUUUCCAUUAUAUUCAAGGUAAAAAGAGAUUCCAAAAGGGGGAUUAAUGAUAAAUACCCCUGGCGCUACAGCCAAAUGAUUGUGGAAUCCUAAUUGUUUUUCCUCUAAUUUUCAGCCAUAUUGAAAGCAGUGCCCUUUAUCUUUAAAUAACUCUAAAAGCAGAGUUAUUUAAACUGCAUGUUUAAGAUAGGAGUAGCAUUACAACGUGCUAUAGGAUAAUGCCUGUCUCUUAGCCAUGUUAAAGGGCACAUUCCAGAAUUGCUUUGUAAGUUGUUUUUCAUUUAAGUGAAAAACAUGUCAUGAAUUGCUGCUUCCCCAACCAGAAGUACUGUUCUAAAACCUCCACUACGUAUAUUCUCCAGCCAUAAAACAGCCUAUAAUGGGAGACUGGUACAUGGCUCUGUUGGGGAUGUUAAAUGCUCUGAUUUUCUACAAACCAGACAUAGGUACUAGAGGAAGUACUGUUACCAGAGAGAAAGUGCCAUUUCGCUCUUCCCUAGGAAAUCUCAAAUCUCAGCAGAGGGAGGGGCAGAUGAAAAGGAACUUCCAUUAAGAAGUCCUACCUACAUGAUGAAACCCAUUUCAAAUGACUCCUAUUUCCCAUUUUGGUCUUCAUGAAUGGUUUAAUCUCUUGCCAUUGUUUUCAUAGAGAUCAAGUCUAUUUAUAUUACUUUGAUAGUAUUUAAAAUUGGGUUAUCAGGUUUUUAAAUGGGCCAUGAUUGGGUUUUUCAUUUGUAUAGAAUACCUUUACUCUGCAAAUCCCACAUAACAUUCUUGCCUUUCAAUCUAUGGAAGAAUUUGGGUCACGUAUCAUUUAAAAUAGUUACUGUGUCUGGGAAAAUUCCACACUGAAGCAAAAUCUGCACUGAUCAUUCAGGUUGCCUUAAAAUAAUAAAGUAUUACAAGUUGUUAUUCUAAACAGCUUUAGGAACACCCUAUUAUGGUCAUACUGUCUUUGUUACGGCAAACUCAACAUGUGCUUAAUAUUCGUAGUAAAAAAAAAAUCUUUAAAUCAUGCCUGCAGAAAGUCCUGCAAAUCCUCAAUAUUAGGUCAGCUAAAGCUAGAUAUAUAUUUUUGUUAGUGGUUAAGUGUUCAGCUGCUAACUGAAAGGUCAGUUGUUCGAACCCACCAGCAGCUCUGCAGGAGAAAGAUGUGGCAGUCUGCUUCCAUAAAGAUUUAUAGCCUCGGAAAUCCUAUGGGGCAGUUCUACUCUGUCCUGUAGGGUCAAUAUGAGUCAGAAUCAAUUUGACAGCAACCGGUUUGGUUUGUUUUUUGAUUAAAAAUAUCACUAAAAUCAUACAAUUAUUAUAUUCAUUCUAUGAUAUGUAAACACUGUUUAUAAUUAUUACUGGCAGGAAAAUUUGAAAUAGCCAGCAUUAACUGAUGAAUGCCACAAUCCACUUUUAUGAUAAAGCUGCUAGUAUUUAUUUGAACUAUAUUUUUUGUUGGAGAGGAUUUUAAAAAUGUUCUAAGUGCCUGUCUUUCUCCUUCUCCCACUUUAAAAAAAAGUGCUAAAACGCAAGUGUUGUAGACUCAUUGUAGGAUGUAAAAAACUAUCAUUGUAUCAAAUUAACUUUCUGUCAUAGUAAAUGAUUAUGUAUACCCUGUAAAAUAUUGCAGGAACUGUGUGGGAAGAAAAAUUAAAAUUCCCUUUAGCUUCCUAAUUUAUAUGUGCUAAGUACACUAAUAAAGCUAGUCCUCAUGUAAACUAUUAAAUGCUGAGAGAGAGAACGGAAUGGUGAUUACUGGUUCUAAAAUAUCCAAAUAACUUCUAGCUUUUAAAGCAUACAAUUUGAAAGUUAAAAAUAUAUGGGGAAUAUCACUGAAAAUUUGGUACUAUUAUUUAUCUAAGUUAAAGUAACACCAAAAGGCUGCAUAUGAGUGUUUCUGUUUAACUACUGGCAAUAUGCAUACUAGGUCUCUCUCUCUGCAGUUAGUGUCUAAGACUUCCAACUGAUUUGUAUAGAUGAUGUCUUUCAUUGGCUCUUUUUCCUUCUUACAAUCGACCUGUUUAAUUGAGCCAAUGAUUAAAACAUCUGGGGUGUGUUACAUGCGGAGUUGUGGACUGUAAAAAGUUUUUACUAUUAUACACAUAAAUCACAUUUAAUUAUGCCAGUUAUCUCUUGACUGUAUUGGGCACAUUCUCAGUAACUGUGUUGGUUGUCAGGGUUAGCUACUUAGAUCAGGCACACUGACCAGUGCAUCCCCAACUUUUUUGCCCACCAAAAUCCAUGAGAAUUAUUCAUUGUUGAACUUGAACACUUAACCCCUAAUAUAGGGGGGGAAAAAAAAAAGCAUUAGUAAACCCUCGAGCUUAGGAAGUAUUGUAAGAAAAAAGUUCUCAUUUAUAUUACAUAGUGGAUAUUACUAGAAUAUUGUUUCGUUGUUGUUAACAAUAAAGGCAAACUUACGUUAAAACUAAAUGGAUCUACGUAUUUGAAACUUUUAUCAAGAUUUCCAACUAAAGAAACUUGAUUAACAAAAUACCCUGCUUUCGCAUAAAAUACAGACUAGUAUAAGUCUGAUUAGACACUUCUAAUAUGUAGCCCCAUUUUUUAGCCUAUGUAAGUGAGAAUUAUAUUAGUUAAAAACAUUUCUGACUGGGCAUAAUGCUACUUAAGACUUCUCAUGGUCCAGGUGAGGAGCUGCUGGAAAGGAUCAGGCUAAAAUAGUAGACUUAUUCUCAUCAAAGACUAUAAUAAAUUAUUUGGUUGAAGUGCAGAAACACUUGUUUAUUAAAAAUAGGAAAAUAAGGGUAACAUGGAAUUCCAUCCGUGUUUAUUGAGUGCCUAUUAAAUGCUAGACACUGGAUGAGGCAGCUGUCAUGUGUCUUUGGGUCCCAGUCUGUCAACUCAGCAGUGCCCAUAUAUACACUCGACUAUGGCUCUGAGCAGGGACAUAUGGAGAGCCCCUGCACCAAAGGGUCAAAAUGCCUUGAAGGGUGCUGAUGAUGUCUCUGUACCCCCAACCAGGAGCUCUGUGUCUGAUUCUUAUACCUAUUACCCAGCUCCUUUGGGCCUAAGCACUGAUACUGCAUUCAUUAUUCAGUCUAGAGUUCCAAGACUGGCUACCAGGUAAUCAAGUAUGGGCUCAAUGUUUUAGAUCCAAAUCCAGAGACUCAACCACUCCUAAUAGUACCUACCUAGUUCCUCCAAAUCUGGAUUCCCUACCUCUGUUCCUUGACCUACAGCUGGGUCCUGGCCUGUCUUCCCAGAAACUGAUUAAUACCUUGCCAAAACAUUAAUUAGCCUUCAAAGCUGGUCUGCCUUUUUUGACCUUGGCUACCCUACCAUUCUAAAUAGUAUACUACACCCAGAAUGGAGUUUCUGCCUCUGAACUUUAGUUAGAACUGGAGCUCAGACACCUAUUCUCUUCAGCUAUAUCUGUGACCUGUUUCUCAUUAGCCUAUAUGAUCCUCAGAAGCCUUCCCUUUUUAUAGUGACUUCUGUUGCUCUGAUAAAGGAGCCCUCGUGGUGCAGUGGUUAAGUGCUCAGCUGCUAACCAAAAGGUCGGUGGUUUAAACCCACGAGCUGCUCCAGGGGAGAAAGAUGUGGCAGUCUGCUUCCAUAAAGAUUUACAGCUGUGGAAACCCUAUGGGGCAGUUCUACUCUGUCCUAUAGGGUUGCUAGGAGUUGGAAUCAACUCUGCAGCAACAGGUUUUGGUUUCAUGGUUGCUCUGACUUGUCUUGAUUCUCAACUUUCCAUGUAUCUUACUAACCCAUAACAGUCCCACCAGUCUCUAUGCAGUGCCAAGUCAUGGUUCUCCUCGAAGGCAUUAGUUGAAGUAUAAAAAGGAUUGUUUAGGAUAAACAAGUACUGCUUUACCAGGGCCAUUAAAUUUAUAUGACUUACUGUCCUUAAUAUGUUAUCCCCUUGGUGAAUUCACUAACCCAGUCUGGGCUUCAAGUCUGCAUAUUUAAAACCUCCAUGAUCAACUUCUUUGGAAUUGAUUUAUGUUAACCUAAUUUACAAAAUAAUACCAAUUUAUGUAGCAUACUAAGGAAUACAAACUGUCGAAGAGACCAGAAGACUCACCUACCUGAAGGUAUAUUCUGUGAAGGAAAGCCACAUUGAAAAUUACAUUUAUCAGAAUGUUGCUUGGUGAAUGCUGACUCUGAUCUGAUCAAAGGGUGUUAGGUGGAUGAUUUUACUUGAUUAAUGGCAUCUAUCUAUGACAGCCUGAUGGCACCAUCAAGAAGACACUAGAAUUCAUUUAUAUUGAGGGUACCUUUGAGGGUACCUUCUCCACUAGACAGGCUUCUGUUAGCCAUUCCUCUCUGGUUCCUAUAUUCUUUCUUUGGGUACAUUUUUCACUAUAAACUAGAUAUAAUGUAGUUAGGUUAUAUUCUAGAAUGUAAGUUACAUGAUGGUAGGGAUUUUUUGUCUGUUUUGUUCACUGCUGUAUUUCUAGCUCCUAGAAUAAUGAAUUGUCAAAUACUGUUCUUCUGGUAAAUGUUGUUUCUUCUUUUUUUUUAGGUAACUUCUUGCACUUGUACUUCUAGUCACUGUAUAUUUAUUUUACAAGUUUAAUAUUCAUUUAUUUAAGGGCAUCUCUCUGUUGCCUUAUGAAUCUUUGACAAAUAUCCAACUUUUGAAGAAAAGAUUCAUAAUGGAAUAAAAAAGGAAAUAAGGAUUUUACAUAUAAAACAGUGCCCAAAUCAUUUCUGGGGGCCAAGUAUUAAAAUAGAAGCACUGGAACUUUUUCUGCACAAGCACUGCAUCCUGCCUCUUUGUCCUUACCUGUUUGGGCACUGACAAACACUAAUGAAUAAUACAGCAAGUAGUGAAAAGUAGACCUUUAUCAGGUAGUAUCAAAAGAAUAGUGCUGCAUCAAAUGGUUAAAAGUGCAACCCUCAAGAACACUGAGUUGGACAGAGCUUUAGCAUAAUCCAUAUGUUAAAGGAUUUUUUUUUUAAAGCUCAUAUAUAGAAAAACAUACAAAUAACAGCUAGGAAAACAGUAAAAAAAAAAAA